CUUAGUUAGGUGGGUAAGUGUUAUUUAAUCAAAUUAAACUUCCCUAAGGUUGCCCCAAUUUCGUAAGCAAUCAUUUGCGAUUAAUUGAAACUAUAGGCAUUUACACGAAUUAAAGCACCGGAUAACUGCAAUGUUAUCUUAUUGUUACUUAUAGUUAAGUAACUAGUUACAUCGUAUUUAAUUUUUAAUAAUUGCAUAGCUACCUUAAUUCGAACUUAGUUUCAUUGUAAACCCAAUUACACAAAUACCUUUGCCUACAUCUAGCGUGCGCGAUGUAUUUUCGUAUUUCAAUAAGGCAAUUAGCUAAUUAUCCAAGUAUAAAUUCAUAAUAAUAAGUGUAACACAUUCGACCAGCUUCAAUUAAUCAAUCAAUUUGAAGUGUGAAGCCGAGAUGGGAAGACUGUGAGACGAUGAAGCGUGUAAUCUUUGUUUUGGGGGUAGUUUGCCUCACGGGAGUGGCUUGGGGCCUAAACUCCAGCGAUGCAAAUGUAGACGCGGUGUCUCGACAACUCUUCGACUUCAGGUUUAAGAAGAAGAGGCCAGAUCUCCUGACCACGUCAGCGGGACAGCCAGUGCACCUGGAGCAGACAGUGAACAUCAACAAAGUACUGCUCAACAACCCUUACAUCCUGGAAUCCAUUAAACAUGCGGUUAACGAGAGGACUCCCAACCGUGAAGUCUUCUCCAAGGGGACCGGCGCUUACGGCUAUUUCGAAGUGACUAAUGACGUCACGAAAUACACCAAAGCGAAGGUGUUCGAUACCGUUGGCAAGAGAACCAAAGUGCUAACCAGAUUCGGGGUCUCGCAGACUGAGAAGGGAGGCACUGACGUGUCUCCAAUAGCCGGGAAAAGUAUUUCCUUCAAGAUGUAUACAGAGGAAGGAAAUCUAGAUUUUCUGGGUCUCAACACUCCGGUGUACUUCUACAGAGAUCCGGUUCUCUUCAGGGAGUUCCUGCACGCUUUCAGGAUGAACCCGAAGACCAACAUACGGGACGGCACGUCGACCUUGGACUUCGUCACUUUCAAUCCCAUUUCCAUUCACACGAUGUUGUGGCAGCUAUCUGAGUACGGUCUGCCGAGGGGCUUUAGGUACAUGAGCGCAUUCCCGUGUCACACGUAUGAGCUCUACAACGACCACGGCGAGAGUUUCUUCGUCAAAUUCAAGUUCAUAUCAGAGCUAGGUUUCGACAGUUUCAGCUUGGCAGAAGCCUCUGUAAUCUCGAGUUUCGAUCCGGACUUCUACAUCCGAGAUUUGUACAACUCGAUCGAGGACGGCAACUUCCCCGCAUGGAGGGUGGAAAUGGACGUGUUGAACACAUCGAACUUGAAGAAGCUCAAGUUCGAUCCGUUUGACGUGACGAGGAUUUGGCCCAACGGCACUUACACCACGGUGGAGAUCGGGCGAGUGGUUUUGAACCAGAACGUAAAGAAUCAGUUUGCUGAAGUGGAACAGGCAGCUUACAACCCGACAAACCUCGUGCCUGGUAUACUGGAGCCUCCCGACCAGCUGUUCCGAGGGCGAGUGAUAGCGUACAACGACGCUCAAAUACACCGCUUGGGAGUCAACAGAAACAAGAUCCGAGUCAACUGUCCUAUGUACGCUAGAACUUACAACCGCGACGGUAUACCUCCCGUGCUAGACAAUGAGCGAGAAGCGGUUAAUUACUACAGGAACUCCUUCAACGGCCCGGUGCCUCUGUUGGACGUGGACCGGCCGAAGCGUCAGCUUGUGAUUGAGCAAUCCAGCUCGGUGCAUCUGGAAGACAGCUGGAGGUUCUACAACGAGGUGUUGGUGACCGAGGCUCAGAAGCAGAGGUUAGUGAAUGCGAUGGUGCUGGUGGCGAUACGGGUGCCGGCCAGUGUGCAGAAGGAGUUGGUAAAGCUGCUGAACGCAAUAGAUCCGAAGCUAGCAGUGAGGUACGUGGUGACGUUCGAGAAUGUAAACAAUAAUGUGAAGUUGCCACAAGUGGUGGAAGACGUAGAUAGGAAGAACCCUAAUCCGUUUAGUAAAAUCACUUUGUGA